UUGUUGCAUUUUCAAUACGAGAUCGAAAUUUUUAUUGAUAAUAAACACAACGCACUCUACGAAUAAUGCAUAACUUUUAUAACUAUGCAACAUCAUUAGCUGCACACAUUUUGUGCGGCUUGUGUUGGGAGUUGGUGCAACAUUAAGAGAAACCACAGUUCAAUAUUUCUAAUAUGUCUGCUGACCCCACAGGCAGCUCAAUGCAGAGCUUUCACACACGCUGCGGUCGCUCCAUAACGCUUGGCAAUGGCAAUCGUUCCGCACAACGCUCAAUGCGAAAUUUUAGCCAUGCUCUCGUGUUUAGCGCAGAGCCGCUCGUGGACGAUGUGCUCUUCGAGGUGGUCAUUGAGAAGAAGAAUCACUCUUGGGGCGGUAGCAUUGAGAUUGGCGUCACAUCGGAGUCGCCCGAGGAUCUGGAAUUGGUUGCCUGCGCCACGGCCAUGCGGAAUGGUACUUGGGUAAUGUCUGGCAUCGAUGUGCGAAAGGAUGGGCGCCGCUUGCUCGAGUACUACGGUACGGAUCUAGAAACGCUCAACGAAAAUGAUCGCGUUGGAGUCAUGCGCACCUCUAACCAUGAUCUCGUCUUCUACGUCAAUGGCGAGUCGCAGGGUGUGGCCGCCAAGAACAUGCCCAAACCGCUAUGGGCUCUUGUUGAUCUCUAUGGACGUUGUGUGCAGGUGUCCCUGUGUCCCACGGACGUGAGUUCCAUCCUCAACAGCAGCAGUGAGCAGCUGCUGGACUCGCCCUUGCAACAGCCGCUUCAGCAGGUUAUCCAGAAUUUGGAAGUGCCCAUGAGUGUGGAUGUGAGCGUAGUGGACAGCAGCAAUAUUGAUGCGUUGACACGUCUCAAUCUCAAUGGUAAUGGUAGCUGCAGCUCCAGCAGUGGCAUUGGCGAUUUCUAUGAUGUUAACGAUCGUUUGAGGUUCCAUACUCGUUGCGGUUCUUUGGUCAAAUUGGUACCUAACUUUCGCUCAGCGGAGCGUCGUCGUCCGUUGGAUGAGUUUAACAAUGGCGUCGUCAUGACACAUCGUCCGCUCCGCGACAACGAACUUUUUGAGAUUCGAAUAGACAAGCUGGUGGACAAAUGGUCGGGCUCGAUUGAGGUGGGCGUCACCACGCAUAAUCCCACAAUUCUCCAUUUUCCAGCCACAAUGACGAACAUGCGCAGUGGCACCAUCAUGAUGUCCGGCUGUGGCAUUUUAACCAAUGGCAAGGGCACGCGCAGGCAGUACGGGGAAUUUAAUUUGGACGAGCUUCGCGAAGGUGACCGGGUUGGCAUGAUGCGAAAGUCUAAUGGCAACCUACACUACUACAUUAACGGCCAGGAUCAGGGCAUAGCAGCGACAAGAGUAGCCGCUACACUAUGGGGCGUCAUUGACCUAUACGGCAUGACCAUUAAAGUGACCAUUGUGGAUCGCGACGAACGUGAGCAACAGAAUUUAGUCACAAGGAGGAACAAUAUUGUCGCUGGCAUGGCUAUGGCCUGCAGCCAUGGCCAGUCUGGUACGCCUACGCUAAGUCUGUUGAGUCCGGAGAGCGAGAUGAAUGUGGCCGGUGCAACUGGUGGGCUAAGCGAAACCAUAUCCAGCACACGCGCCAUUGCACGUAAUGAUGAUCGUCUCACAUUUCAUCACAUUUGUGGCAGCCAUGCUACGGUCACGCAGAGCGGACGCACAGCGCUCCGACCCAACGCUGCCGAUGACUUCAAUAAUGGGGUAGUGCUAACCCGACGUCCUUUGCGGCCCAAUGAACUGUUCCAAGUGCGACUCGAACGCGUUGUCACCAAAUGGGCGGGGUCUGUUGAAAUGGGCGUUACCACGCACACUGCCGACGAGCUAGAUUUUCCAUUUACUAUGACUAACGUGCGCUCCGGCACUUGGAUGAUGACAGGUAAUGGGGUCAUGCAGAAUGGCGUUACUGUAAUCGAGCAGUAUGGCCAGAACCUGGAUCGCCUACAGGUGGGCGAUCGUGUGGGGGUAGUGCGUAAAGAUGAUGGCACUCUGCAUUUUUGGGUGAACGGCGUCGAUCAGGGACCCGCUGCGACAAAUGUACCGGAACGUGUGUACGGCGUGAUUGAUCUAUAUGGGCAAGCAGCACAGGCCAGCAUAAUUGACACAUCUGAAUGUGGUAGUCCAGAUACGGGAAACUCUACCAUUUCUAAUACGACGCUGUACAGCGAGGUGCCGCUACGUUUCCACAACAUUCAUGGCGCUAACGCAGGCAUCUCCAAUAGUGGAUUGACUGCAUCGCGUCCGAAUUCUUUGGCGGAGUUCAAUGAUGCCAUUGUGUUCAGUAAUCGGCCGUUGCGUAAUCGUGAACUUUUUGAAGUCGAGCUAGAGACUAUGGUCCGUCAUUGGUCGGGCAACAUUGAGAUUGGUGUCACUGGCACAAGGCCGGAGGAUAUACAACUGGCACCCAAUGCGACCGACUUGGAGGCCAAUGACACCAUCAUACUGUGCGGUCCAAUGAUCUUCCACAAUCGCAAGACCAUACGUACCAAUGUACUCAUUGAUUUGGACACUCUUGGCACAGGAGCACGGGUUGGCGUGAUGCGCAAUGGCGACUACAUACACUUCUUUGUGGACGGCAUGGACCAGGGCCCGGCUGGGGAGUGCCAUGCGCCCAACAUUUGGGCCAUUAUUGAUCUCUAUGGGCAGUGCGCACAGGUUAGCCUGACCCAGACACAGCUGGACAUACGUGCUCCGUAUGCCACCAGCGAGAAUUCGCAGAGCUGCCAAGCGACGUCCGUUAUACAACAUCCAGCGUUGGAGACGAAGCAUCGCUGGACUUUCGUCUCGGGCAACGUUGUGUUAACCAAGGAUUGGACAGAGGCAUCCCGAUAUACAGGAUCUACGGCUGCCCUUUCGCAUAGCCUGGUCUUUGCAGAGCAUCCACUGAGUGUGGGCUCACCCUUUGAAAUAAAGAUUACAUCUAUAAAUCCCAUGUUUGCCGGCUGCCUCAGCAUUGGCAUCACAGAUCUCAACUUGGGCGAUGAAAGCGUGCGGAAGAAGCUGCCAACGAGCCUUAAACGUAUUCCAGCAAAUGUCUGGUAUGUGAGCGGCAAUGAGGUGCGCUUGAAUUCCAGCUGCCUGCAACGGUCGCUUGCCUCGCUGGAGUGGCUGCGCGUGGAUGAUCGCAUUACGCUGGAGCGCGUGGAAAACUCAGUGAACAUUCUGCUAAACUCCGAGAAUGUGAACAUUCAAUUUCACAAUGUGCCCAACAAUGUGUACGUUGUUGCCGAGCUGCUCGGCUCGACGAUGGCUGUUCAGGUGAUCUCUACUCAAGUUCCCGCGUCUCCUUUGCGUCCAUGCAGCCUACGACUACAGGACUCCAUGGACUUUGGCAUGGAUCCUCUGAACAAGCAGGACAGCUCAAUGCUGGAGUCGAUCGAUUCAGAGGCGCAAACUUAUGAAUUUGUGGACAUAUCCAAUAAGUAUACGCGCCUCUCCGAUGAUCGUCGAAGUGCAUCCAGAAGCAAGUCGUUUAACCAGGCUAUUGUGUAUCUCAACAAACCUUUGUGCAAGGGCGAAAGCAUCAGCAUCAAAGUAGAUGCCAUUAACAACAAAUGGAAGGGUACUUUGAGCUUGGGUGUGUUGGCAGCUUGUCCUCAAGCACUGUCUGUGCCCAUAUCGCUACUCAACUGCAAGCGCAGCUGCUGGCUGGCCACGCACGACUACAUCAACAUCAAUGGCCAGGUAAUGGCCUCCAAAUAUGGUGAAGCACUUGAUAGCAUUCAGGUGGGCACAGUGAUUACCAUCACCCUCACACACGCUGGCAUGUUAAUUAUUAUGGUAGGCUCUACGAAUCUAGAGGAUUUGGCCAGCGGCUUGCCUAGUCAUGUGUAUCCAAUUUUUGAUAUAUAUGGAAAGUGCGAGAAAAUCACUUUGCUUACGGGCAAUGAUGCCACUCGCACUGGCAAUGCCAACGGCACGCCCAUUUUGGAGGCACCUGAGGCGUUGGAGCUGGACAAUAUGCCGCAACAGUGCGAGAAGGCACAUUUAGAAAUGCACGAGAAGGAGAAGGAUACGGAGCAACUCAGCGAUAGUGCUAGAGAGUUGCCCACAGGUGCCUCAACUUCCGCCUCAGCCAAUGUCAUGACCCGUUCGGUUAUGGAGAGCGUCUCCGAGAACCUGUUGCUUAAUAUUUCCAUUAAAAAUCGGACCCUUGAACAACAGCGCAAUGAACUCGGCGGCUCAUCGUCCACCUGUUGCUUGCGCGAGUCCUUGCAGCUUCAGCAUAACACAAAUCUGAAUAUACAGCGGAGUCAGAGUACCCAACGGUUUCAGAACUCGCUGAAUACAUCAACAGGUGGUGGUGGUGCGAGUAGUUCGAAUACAGCGGGUCAGUCUCAUGGCUCAAACGUAGUGUAUGACACCAACAAGGAGUAUGAUGAGCAAGUUUUGUGCUCUAGUGCUGUUGCACCAGCUAUGGACGCUUCGCAUGAGUCGGAGCACAGUGAGAACAACGCAGAGGCAGUUGUUGAGGCAGCCAAUGAACGCGAACAGUCUAGCGAGCCGGAUAAUGUGCUGGAGGAUGAUGAGAUUGAUUAUAUGAAUCAUUUACUGCUGCUACAGCAGCUUCAACAGAAUGAAUACACGCGCAUGCAACAUCAUUUGAUACCGGACCAAAUGUCAUUACUUAAUUUGGAUCUCUCCUCGCUCAACUCCUUGGAAUCGGAAACGAAUUCCAGUGGCAAUGCCCGAGACUCGUUGCGUACUGCAGCUGCAGCUAUGGAGCAAAACGAUUGCGAAUAUUUGAAGCAGGUGAAACGGUUCUGUGCGUCCCUGGUGUUGCCACAGGCCUUUUUUGACAUUCGCCUCGAUCCGAUUUGCUUCUGCUCGAAGUGCAGCGGCAAUAGCAACGGUAACGGCGACAAACUGGAGGGCUGGGUGUACUUUAAGUUGAAUCAACAGACCGUUAAUGCGCUAAGUACAUCAACUUCGUCCGCAGCCGGAUCUUUGGCAGCACAGGUGCACUUGGAUCUAAAUGGUGACUGGCUGCCCUUCUACUACAUGACACGUGUGGAUAAGAUUCGAGCCAUUUUGGAUCGUGGCCAGCCGUUGCCGCUUGAAAUGGACGAGGACACUGUAGCGGCCACGCACAAAGAUGAGCCCGGCACACGUCUGGAGCUCUACUAUUCGCCCAAUGCUACAGUGAUUGAACCGGUGCUGCCACAGCAUCAUUAUGUCUCUGAUCAAGGCGUCCAUCGCAUUUCCACCUCGUUUGAGGUGUACGUGCGUCGGCAAUCCAUCUCCGGUGUGACCACGGGCAAAGCAGCUACCGAGGCCAAACGACGCAGUCUGCAUACGACCGAUAAUGAGGCUCCGAAUGAUGGAUCCGGUGGUGCUGCUGGCGGUGCUUGCAGCAGCUCUGGUUCGUUAAAUGAAUCUUCUGUGCAUCUGCUCAACGAUCUGUGCUGGUUUACAAAGGAGGCGGGCGCCUGCAUCAUAAAUGCAUUAAUAAUUAAAUUGGAUCGCACCGAAGAGCCUUCAAGCGAACCCUAAACAAAUAAUUUAUAGUUAAUAAUAUUUAUACACUAGUCACCAGCUCGCAGCCAAACUUCCUAUUUAUCUCAUAUACAUACACGCUAGCUAUCCACGCAUUCGCAUUCCCCUUUAUAAACAAGUUUUAUAAUAUAAGCGCCUAUAAAUCUCGAAAUAUAAUCACAAUGUUACACAU